AUGGGCAACGACCAAAGUGUGAGGCUGCAUGGUCUUGUGAGAGCUACCGUCGUAACGUGGGUGAAUGCGUUUCACUUUAAACUGGCACAUGGUCCUUCUUACGGUGGCUGCCUGUUCUUUACAACAUGGACGCGUGAUGUUGAUGCUGUAGAUGGUGGACGGUCGAUUGGUCGGUUGCCAAGGUCAGCCCUCGGCGGUACUCGCCGGUUGUCGUCCGGUCAACAACCUCCGUUCGUCGAUGUCGCCCUUGACGACGACCAGUUGUCGCUGGUGGUGAAGCGGUGGCUGUUGUGCCAGACAAACAACUGA